GGAGAAUCCCUAAGGGUCCCAUUCCAAUUCCAAGAGCGAUCGGAAUUUCAGGAACACUGACCCGAUUCACAUGUUGAUGAGAGUGGAAAAAGCUCUGCGCAAUUUCCAGUAACUGACAGUCCUACUCCUGCAGUACAAAUCGCAAACAUCUUGUUGCUAAAUGGCUGAUCGAAAUUCUAAGAAGAGUGCUACUCCUAAGAAUCCACCUCCCACUUACAUUGAGAUGAUCUGUAAUGCCAUUGGUGCACUGAAAGAAAGAAAUGGUUGUUCCCAUUAUGCAAUCGGCAAGUACAUCAAAGCCAAAUACAACAUAGUUACUACCAUGAAUAUCAACCUUAAAAUGGCUUUGAAGCAGGGUGUUGAAAGUGGAAUACUCAUCCAGCCUAAAGGUACACAUUUAUUUAAAUUAAACCAAGCUGAAGCUCAGGCAGAGGAGGAGGGUAAAAAGAAGGCAGCAGGAGCUAAAGAAAAGAAAAGGGCAAAGAAGGCAGUCAGGAAGGCGGCCAAGAAGGCAGUCAGGAAGGCGACCAAGGAGGCAAUCAAGAAGGCAGCCAAGGAGGCAGCCAUGAAGGCGGCUAAGGAGGCUCAGAAACCAGCCACUAACGAUACUUGUCGGCCAUUUGGAAGCAUGGGUAAUCAAAGCCAAUCAGAUCUCCUGCGUCAGCUGGGUAACAACAUCUACAGAACUGUUACUGUUGGUCUCAGUCCUGUGUUACAAAAAGGGCGUUUGGAAAAAGCCAUGCAGUACUACUCAGAAGCUUUGGAGUGCAGUGCUAGUCCAAGAGAAUCAGCAGCUGCUAACAAAAAUCUUGCAAUGGUAUCAUGGAAGCUUGCAACACUAGAAAGCAAUCGGACAGCACAGCAUGUUCUUGUGUUGCACUUCUACAAAGAGGCACUCAAGAGUUUCUCAAAAGCCUGGAAAUGUGGUCAAGUUGCUAAAAAUGGCCACUUGUGGUCUGAUAAUGUGGUUCAGAAAAUGCACCAGUGUUUGCAGGAGAGCCUUGAUCUUGUCACCAACCAGCCCGAUAUGUGGGACGAGAAGAAUAAGCUGAUGAUAAUGGCAUGUCAGCUUGUUCCAACAGGGUCAUCCAAGGCUGAGGUGUCCAUCUUGUACGUCGAGUUUCUGCUUUCGAAAGCAAUCAACCUUCUCCAGAAUGGUGUCUUCAGUAAAUCUAAGAGCAUUUUAUAUGAUUGCCACCAACCUUUGGAGGAAGCUAGACGCUGUGGUAGAAGCGACAGAGUGAUGUCAGAGGUUAGAGUUCUGCAUGAGGAUGUUGUGAUGCAGACAUCUGUAGUUGAGGCAAGACAAGCGUUAAGGACUGCAGAUGAUCUGAAGCAAAAUAUUCUGAUGUCAGAGGAAAACUUAAGCAUAGACAUGGUCUGGGAAGUUCUUGACUGGUACAAGAAAGCCAUCCUCCUGACAAGGGAAAAAGACGUCGAGCUGGAGGCCAUCGCUAUGAGCCGAAUGGGUGUGAUUUAUGACAGCAUCCUAAAGUUGAGAUUCAAAGCCAGACCAUAUUUUAAAGGGGCAAUAACUCUGGCACAUAGCCUCCAUCCACGUGUUCUCACCAACGAAGAAUGGUACCAAGUCUGUGCGCAAACUCUUGAAUCCUACCAGAUAGAGACAGUGGCUGAAGAAACUCGCGCAUGGAUGAAAGAACGAGAAGAAACACUAAAGAAAUUGGAGCCACAGAUCAAGAAAUUUAAGUACAUCGAUGAUAAUUACGAAUGUCUAAAGUACAUCUACAAGAACCAUCCACCAAAGAAGGAGGAACACAAGUUGCCAGAUGAUUUACCUGAGCCAUCAAAGAUCAAAGACUCACAGGUGAAGAAGUGUCUGCAGAAAGCCAUUUUACACUACCAUCCAGAUCACAACUCGAAGGAGAAGUUUGGUAAGGAAUGGCAUGUCCUCUGCGAAGAGAUCAUCAAGGUGUUUACACACAAGUACAACUGCAUGAAGGGGGUUUAAGCAGACAACCCAGGAUGUAGACGGCUAUUGGCCAGUUUCUUUUAAUCUAUCCAUUUAUAUAUUGAUCUACACAUUUUUAUACUGCAAAUCA